AUGACGCGAGCGUCGCCGGCACCCGACGGUCUGGCUCGUCUGUGCUACUUACCUCUCCACGGGGUUAUCAAGCGCACCGACAACUCUGCCAAAAUUCGGGUGGUGUUCAAUGGAUCAUCACGCCUCGCAUCUGGGGAGUCGCUGAAUCAGCACUUGUUGACUGGCCCGAAUUUACUGCCGCGCCUGUUAGACGUGGUGCUACGCUGGAGGCUGCACGAGUUCGCGAUGGUAGCAGAUAUCGAGAAGAUGUAUCGCCAAGUCCUUGUGCACCCGGACGACCAAGACUUGCAGCGAAUCUUGUGGAGAAGCCAGGACGACGAGCCUCUGCAAGAAUUCAGGUUAGCAACGGUCACCUACGGGUUAGCAUGUGCACCUUACCUGGCGAUACGCACAAUCCGGCAGCUAGCGGACGACGAGGGGCAUCGAUUCGCCCAGGCGGCAGCGGUCCUCCGUAGGGACAUCUACGUGGACGACAUCCUGACUGGAGCCGACUCUCUCGAGGAAGCAAGCGCCAUCCGCCAACAACUAUCCGCGCUCUGCACGGCGGGCGGAUUUCCGCUCCGAAAGUGGUCAGCUAAUCAGAGCGAACUGUUAAGCGACAUUUCGCCGGAACAUCGACAGUCGCUGACGAGCCACUCCUGGGAGGCGGAUGUCGGACACUCAACCCUGGGGUUGCAGUGGCAUCCGAGAACGGACACGUUUUCGUUUCAAGUCCGGCCCGUCGAGAUCGAACGCGUCACGAAGCGCACAGUGUUGUCUCAGACAGCCAGGCUGUUUGACCCACUUGGGUGGCUGGCGCCGGUAACUAUCAGCGCAAAGAUCCUGAUCCAAUCUGCUUGGCUCCAGGGUUUGGGCUGGGAUGACCAAGUUGUGGCGGCGAAUGAGUGUGCAUGGCGACGGUUCCAGGAAGAGCUGCUGGGACUGUCUGAGAUUUGA